AUGAACAGAGACCUCGACCUACUCACCCACCUACGCCUCCAACGAGCUCAACGCUUCUAUCACUCAGGUUACGGCUACCGCGACAAUGGCGUAAUGUCCUCCUUCUACUUCCUCUUCGCCGCAAACGCCAUGGUCUUUGGCGCCUUGAACUACGCAAAAUACACCAAAGACUGGAGGCUCGAAAAGCGUCUGCUAGGCAACACCCUACUCUCUCCAGCAAGUGUGGACUCAGGGCGUUGGUGGACUAUCAUCACUUCUGCAUUCGCUCAUGUGAAUCCCUUCCAUUUUGCUUUCAACAUGCUCUCGUUGUACAACUUUUGCUCCUUGUGCGCGUUUAUCCCUGGAAUGAAUGGUUUGCAUCUCUUUGCUGUAGCAGGAGGUUCUGCAGUCACAGGAGGCUUGGGUUUCCUCUACCACCGCAGAACCAAAAUCGCAGCAGCGAGCCGCAGUGACUGGCAAUCCAAAACCCGCAACUACAAUUCUGCAGCUUUGGGUGCUUCGGGCGCGGUUAUGGGCGUGGGUGCGUUGACUGCAUGUAUGAUCCCUAAUGCUCCCAUGCAGUUGAUGUUGAUCCCCAUCACUUUCCCUCUCUGGGUCUUUGUGGCUGGUUAUGGCGUUGUAGAUGCUUACCUCCUAGACUCGCCGACUUCGGGAAUCGCCCAUGCUGGACAUUUGGGCGGUUUGGUGUUUGGUGCUGCGUACUACCUGGCUUUCAUGAGAAGGUCGCCGAUGGGUGUGUGGAGAAGCGUUCAGAGGAUGAUCUCGAGAAGAUGA